AUUAUUAUUAAGUAGAAACAAACAUAAGAAAAAAAAAGCAGAGGGUUUGUUUCGGAGGUGAAGAAAGAAGGUUUUGUGUUGGAAGGAAGGAAGGAAAGUGAGGGAAAAUAAUUAAAGAUGGUGGAAUACAUGAAAAAGGAUGUGGUGAUAGUUGCAGGAUUGAUAGGGGUGCAAUUCUUUUUCGCAGGGAAUUCAGUUUUACUUGGAUACCUAAUGUCCCUAGGCCUUAAACCUUUCACCAUUGUUAUUUUCUUCUCCUUUUCAACCUUCCUCGUUGUCUCUCCUUUUGCUGUUCACUUUGAAAGGAGCAAAUGGCCCAAACAAUUGACAUUGAAGUUGAUAAUUCAGCUGGUUUCCAUCUCCUUUUCAGGGGUAAGUCUAUUCCAGUUCCUAUUUCUAAAAGGGAUAAAUCUAUCCUCACCUGCAAUGGCAACAGCCAUGCCAAACCUUACUCCAGCCCUCAUCUUUAUAAUUGCUUGGACUUGCAGGUUAGAAAAAGUAGCUCUAAGUUGCUUGUACAGUAAAGUGAAGAUUGCCGGCACAAUCUUAUGCGUCUUAGGUGCCCUUACAAUGAGCCUUAUGCAAAGCACUGUCUCCUCCAAAGAUGCAACAGCCAUGCCUCCCCUAACUGACGUUGAUACUGAUAUGAUUUUCGACAAAGAUAAGAUCUCCGGCUGCUUGUAUCUCGUUGCAGCUGUCUUUGUUCUAUCAAGCAAUAUAGUCUUGCAAGCGAUAACUUUGGGUGACUUGCCUGCGCCAAUGUCACUAUGUGCCCUAACAUCGUUCAUUGGAAUGAUUAUUACUGCAAUUGUUCAGUUAGUUGAAGAUCAUGCUUUGCAAUGGGCUUCACCCUUUGUUAGCUUUAAGGACCUCAUUAUCUUUUCUCUAAUGGCAGGUGCAAUGGGCGGGGCAAGUGUAAGCUUCAGUGGAUGGGCAAUGAAGAAAAGGGGACCAGUUUUUGUCUCAAUGUUCAGCCCCAUUGGAACAGUCAUUGCAGUGGUUUUCUCUUUUAUUACCUUAGGGGAGACAAUUUCAUUAGGAAGUUUUGCAGGAAUGUUGCUUAUGUUCACUGGUCUCUACGUCGUCUUAUGGGCUAAAAGAAAAGAACUUUAUUGUGAUAUUGAAGAGGGGGUGGAUGCAGAGAAGCCAUUAUUAAAUUAAUAUGUUGUUCAUAUUUACUUGCUAUACAGAAUGUAAAUUUUUCCUAUACUUCAACUGUUGUAGAAACUUGAUAUACUAGCAGCCUGUAAACUUGAAAUGUCUAAUUAAUCUUGUCAAAGUAAAUUUAUACGAAUUGUCUCCAGUAUUCUUAUCAAA